UCCCAAGUUCUUCCCUUCCCUUCAUAUAUUAAUAAUAAUUUUCAUCCUCACAUUCCUCAAUCAAGUACAAGCAAUACGUUUCCCUCCUGCUUUUCUUUAAACGGCCACGAUCACUCCUGCUUGUACACGCAAUCCUACUCGGUCCUCGGCGAUUACGACGAGGACACGCCCCUAGUACCUUUUGACGGGUGACUCGCUCACCUAAUUAUAUAUUACCAUUUUCGCUUGUGCCCCAACAUACUCCCUCUCCCUCUCCCUCUCUCAUGUCCUGGAAAACCUCAAAAGCUAAACUAAAAGGAAGCGGGGACAGAGUCUAAACCAGUUACUGCAGUGGCGCGUCUUUUCACUCACCAAAUGGGGCAAUCAUCUUCCACCGUUAGUUAUCCUACCAAUCAAUUUUUAAUCUCACCGGAACCCUCGGACUUCACCGACGAAAUAAAAAACGGCCCUCUUACAGACUUCACGGAGGGCAUACCAGACGAUUGUUUAGCUUGCAUCUUUCAACUCCUCAACGCCGCUGACCGCAAACGCUCCUCCCUUGUCUGCAAACGAUGGUUGCGCGUCGAUGGUCAAAGCCGCCGCCGGCUUUCUCUCAAUGCGCAAUCGGAGAUAACCUCUUAUGUACCUUCGAUCUUUACUCGAUUCGAUUCGGUUGCUAAACUCUCUCUCCGGUGUGACCGGAAAUCUCUUAGCUUAAACGACGAUGCGUUGCUCAUGAUUUCUAUCCAGUGCGAGAGUCUGACGCGGCUCAAGCUUCGUGGAUGCCGUGAAGUAACAGAGCUAGGUAUGGCUGAUUUUGCUAAAAAUUGUAAGAACUUGACGAAGUUUUCUUGCGGUUCGUGCAAUUUUGGGGCUAAAGGAAUUAAUAUGCUAUUAAAGUAUUGUAUUAAACUUGAGGAGUUGACUAUUAAGCGACUUAGAAGUUUCAAUAAUGGGAACGACUUGAUCGUACCCGGCGCGGCUGCUUUAAGUUUGAAAUCGAUUUGUUUGAAGGAGUUAGUUAAUGGCCAAUGCUUUGAACCGCUUGUGGUUGAGUGUAAGAUGCUUAAGACUUUGAAAGUGAUUCGUUGUUUAGGCGAUUGGGAUAAUGUGCUUGUAAAAAUGGGGAAUGGAAAUGGCUUUUUGAGUGAUGUUCAUUUAGAGAGGUUACAAGUGAGUGACAUUGGGCUUGGAGCCAUUUCGAAAUGUGUAAAUAUAGAUAGUUUGCAUAUUGUGAAGAAUCCUGAGUGUUCGAAUUUAGGGCUUGUUUCUGUGGCGGAGAGCUGUAAGAAGUUGAAGAAGCUUCAUAUUGAUGGGUGGAAGAUUAAUCGGAUUGGAGAUGAGGGUUUAAUGGCUGUUGCGAAACAGUGUCCGGAUUUACAAGAGCUUGUUUUGAUCGGUGUUCAUGUUACGCAUUUUAGCAUGGCGGCAAUUGCUUCUAAUUGUCGGAGAUUGGAGAGGUUGGCAUUAUGUGGGAGUGGAGCUAUUGGUGAUGCAGAGAUUGCGUGCAUUGCAGCCAAAUGUGUGGAAUUAAAGAAGCUCUGCAUCAAGGGGUGUGCUAUUUCUGAUAUUGCAAUUGAAGCGCUUGCUUGGGGAUGUCCGAAUUUGGUUAAGGUUAAGGUCAAGAAAUGCAGAGGGGUUAGUAGUGAGGUUGUGGAUUGGUUGUUACGGCGCAAAGGAUCACUUGUUGUCAGUUUUGAUGCUAUUGAAAGUGAAGGGUUGGACGCCAGUAGUAGUGAUGUUGGAGGUCAAGAAAGUGGUGUGGAAUUUCCGGUGAUGGGUGGACAGGUAGUUGUCGGGGAUGGCCCUUCAAUCAGUACUGGGAGAUUGGCACAGUUUAGGGCAAAGAUGGGGCUUUUUGCAAGUAGAAAUUUAGUGCCUUGUGCCUUUCACAGGUCAUCAAAUCAUGGGGAUAGUUCAAAAAGCAAUCUGUGAACGAUCUUUGUAAGAGAUGGUAAAGUGGGAAACCAGCUCUUGCUCCAUUUGUCACCUUCUUUUUUUAUUGAUUGCUCUAAUUGCUUGAUUCUUGUUUUUAGCAGGAUAUGUUCUUAUGAUGUGCUCUUGCACCUCUUUCUGUAUUGUUCAAUUUUUGUUAGCAGUUAUAAAUGAAAACAAGAAGAAUUUCUGCA